AUGACUCUUUCGUCUGCUCUAUCGAAUGCUCUUAUUUACUUGACCAUGAUUGCUUUCCUGUUCGUCGGCAUUUACGCCGGGUUUACCAAGACCAAGAACAAACAGGACUUUUUAUCCUCAAUUGGCACUCAAACAGCUCUUGCCUUGGCUGCCAACUGGUUUGCUUCAACGGCAACAUCUCUUUACCCAACUGGUGAUUCAGAUCUCGGGUCCUCGGUUCUUUACGCGUACCCCGAGGUUGGUACCCUUGCGGGUCUUCUUGGAGUGUUUUGGUAUGCAUUCGGAAGUACCGUUCCACUUUGGAUAUUCGCCUGGCUCGGGCCUAUGAUGAGACGAAAAUGUCCCGAGGGUUUCACGUUGACUACAUUCAUACUGGAAAGAUUUGGAAGGAUCAAUCAAAUCUAUAUUUCGUUAAUGUCAAUGGCGUACAUGUUCUGUUAUAUGGUCAGCGAACUUUCUGCUGUGGGUGCUAUCUUGAACUACUUGACGAAUUUGGAUCCUCUCGUACCCACCAUAAUGAUUGCCUUGACGACCACAAUUUAUACUGCCUAUGGCGGUUUUCGCGCAUCUUUGCUUACCGAUUCCGUACAAGGUUGGGCAAUUAUCAUUCUCCUCGUAAUCUCGGCUAUCGGUUUCGGCGUUGACGUGAAAAUUGACACAUCAAAAAUCGGACCCAGUCAUCUCCUAGAGUCCAAUACAUUGGGAUGGGAGUUGGCGUGGAUCAUGCCUAUCGCCGUCACCUUUGCUAAUCUAUUUCACGAGGGUUACUGGCAAAGAACAUUCGCCUCAAAAAAUGAUCGCGAACUCGUACUUUCCACAGUCUACGGAAGUAUCAUGUUGUUCCCCACACUAUUCAUCAUAGGAUUUACCGGUAUGAUUGCUUAUUGGGCUGGCACUUGGACCGAUGAUGGGUCCAAUCCAGGAUACUUGGCAUUCUUCACCCUUUUCUCUUUACUUCCGGAUUGGGUGGUGGCCUUCGUUGUGAUAUUAACGGUCAGCUUAAGUUGUUCGGCCUACGACACUCUACAAAGUGCCAUGGUGGCUACAAUGUCAAACGAUUUAUUUAAUAAUAAACUUCCUUUGAUUGCAAUCCGUGCCUUGACCCUAAUUUUUAACAUACCGGCCGUAUGGCUUGGUCUGAAAAACCUCGACGUCCUUGAAGUCUUCUUAAUCGGUGAUCUUCUCGCCGCAGCCGCGAUGCCACCAGUAUUGCUUGGCCUCGCCGAUUCUCUAUACUUCCUAAACUGGUGUGAUGCUUUGAUCGGCGGGAUCGGCGGGAUGUUUAGUGUGUUCGCAACUGGCGCAAUUUACUACAACAGUGCUUCAAGCGGAAUCAACCUAAUCUUGCUUCCCGAUGGAUUGUAUAGUAAUGAUUACUCUGUGUUGAUAGCAUUUAUCGCUGCUCCAUUUGGAGCAGUGUUCUUCACAUUCUUCUCCUUCGCAUUGAGAUUAGGCGGAAUGUACAUUUGGGCUUUGAUUAAAGGCCAAUCGUUUGAAUUUCCAAAACGGAAAGAAAAAAAUGUGGAAGAGGAGGAAUCACGGUUCGAGAAGGAGAAUUCGAAUGUCGUGAUUGAUGAUUCCGAGAAUAGAAAUAUUGUAUAA